GUAAAUCAAAGAAGAACAUUCUUAAUCUUGUAUUAAAGUGUUACAAGACCCAGUACCCUGCAUUCAAUCUAUCGGAGUCAUUCACGUAGGAGUAUUAAAUGUUCCAGGAGACAAAGGGAGGAUGCAGAACCCCCGACCUCUGUCUGGACAGUGCUGAUUGGCCCUGUGCUGAUCACAUGCACUUUCCCAAGAAAAAAAAAAAACCUCUCUAGCAAUACAUACCAAACUGAGCAUGUGCAGGGUGGCUCUGCACAAUAUGUAUUAUCAAGAGAUAAGAGGGGGACACUGGAAGAAGGGGAGGAUCAGAGAAGUCAGGAUCAAACAGCAUUUUUACACAAUUCAAAGGAUUUACCCCUUAGGUUCCAGAGUGAGUAUACCAAGCAUGCUUUACUGCAUAUACAAACUGAUUUUAUUGUUGUGGGUU